CCGCUGUGCGCAUGCGCGGGGCCGUCCCGGCGGUGGCGGCGGCAGCGGCAGCGGCGAUGGGCGGGCGGUUGGUCCGCGCGUUGCGGGCGUUCAACGUGGAGAGCCGGGCCCACCGCGAGAUCAGCAAGGAGAAGCCCACGCCCGCGCCGCACCACCCCACCACCCGCCUGGACGCGCUGACCGAGCACCCGGCGAUACGCGAGAAAGUCUACAGCAAGGACGACAGGCUGCUCACCUUGUUGAAAGACGUUUAUGUUGAGUCUAGAGAUCCGCCGGGGCAGGUAAAAGAUGGAGGUGGUGAACAUGUUCCAUGUAAACACGAGGAAAAGAGAAUUACAAAACUAGGUCAAUUUGAAGAUCUAGAUAUUAAGAAAGUUACCAAAGGCAAAAUUUCCAUUGUGGAGGCUCUGAUGCUUCUUAAUAAUCAUAAACUUCAUCCUAAGGUAUGGACUGCAGAGAAAAUAGCAGUGGAAUACAGUCUGGAACUGACGGAAGUCAACUCUCUUCUGGAAUUCUUCAUUCCUUUUACCAUGCAGGAAUUUCCUAAAGAAACAAGAAAAGCUAUAAAACCAACAUAAAAAUAAUUACCAAAACCUUGUGUGAUCUUACUUGUGUCUUGGUUUUACUCAUGAGUAUAUUUGGUGUCUGAAAAGAGUUGAUAACAUAUCAUCCAACAAGGCUGCUUUCUUAUACUAAGAAGAAGUAUUCAAGCAAUUCCAUCAUGUAUUUUAUGGCUUCAGAUAAAUGCAGCAAUUAUAGGAUACGGUUUGUAAAGCAGAGUUUAAUUACUAAGUUGUGUGAGAGCCUGUCACAUGAUUCUGAUUAUCACAUUCAUAUGUUAUCAAUUCAGUUGAAAUAUAGAAGUACUGUUUAGAAAUUUAACUUAAGCAAACCACAACAACAAAAAAAAACAGAUCACCCUUCUUAACAGAAUUCCUGGCCUUCAGCUAAAUCAGUGCUCUGUGUGUAUUAUCGUUGUAGUUCAUGUUAAAAUGUUCUUUAAAGGACUUACUCUCAAGACGUAUGCAUAUACAAGCAGCUGUAUUUAUUUCAUAUAAAAGCUGAAUAUUAUUUAUACUUUUACAAAGAGGGUUAACCAGAAGAAGAUUUGGGAAAUUCAUCUGUGUUGAAAUAAAAAGAAGGUGAAUAGCA